AUGUCUAAGCUGUGGCUCGACCUAUUGCGAGGUUUGGUGGGAGGAGCAAGGCAGGUCUAUGAUCGCCUGAGACCUAUUCUUGAGCCACCAGAGGACUCGGAUGAGCUCAGUCGAUUGCACGUUGAAGAUGAAGACACCGCCUGGUUCGGCGUUCAAAAAGACACCAUGGGUAGGCCAAUAUUCUACGAUUAUGGCCGCUAUGCCGCACUUAUGGCAGAGACGAAGCAACCAAAUGCCGGCAUCCGAUACCCUCAACUGGUUUCCUUCGUUGGCCAUACCGGUGGGGGCAAAAGUACGCUGAUCAAGAUGCUUGUAUCACUGAAGGAGCAAAAGCUCUCUUUUAGCUCAGCAUCGCCUUUCAGAAGCCCCGUUGUUGGAUCUAUCAAGAAUGAUAAGUCACCCACAUCCGGAGACGUUCACCUCUACGUGGACCCAGAGACUGCUUAUGGACCUCUUCCCCUGCUAUAUGCCGACUGUGAAGGACUUGACGGUGGCGAGGCCGCACCGAUGGCCUAUAAGAUGCGCGAGAGUAUGCAAAAAUCAGGUCAAGGCCAUCUACAUCGACGACUCUUCAGCAGUCACCCUCGAGAACUAGUCUACGCGAAAACAAACAGUGAGGCUAGAAAUAGGGAGUGGGCUGUGCGAAAAGUAUACCCUCGCUUACUGUACACGUUCUCUGAUGUUGUAGUGUUUGUUCUUCGAAACACAAGAACAUUUGAAUCAUCUGCUCUCAAGCUCUUACUCGACAUCUCAGUGAAUGAGGAAGAAUGGGAUACCUCGACUGCAACCAAAUACUUGAUGCAGCAUGUCGCAAACGCAGUCUUUGACGUACCUAUUUUUAUCAAGUAUGCUCAGCGCUGGCAACGAAGAGGUAAAGCAAUUCACAAUAUGCUUGAUCUUAUCCGUUGCUACUAUGCAAACAUCUCUGUCGUUCGAAUCCCUACAAAGGGUCGAUACAUGUUGGCGUAUAAACAGAUCAACAUGCUCCACCUUGAAAUCAUAAAAAAUUGUGAUGCAUCCUUCCAGGCAAAGAACGAUGCGCAUAUGCUUUCGAAUGCCGAUGAACUCAAUACCUACCUACAAGCCGGUUUCGAUCACUUCACAACGAAAGAGGAUCAGCCUUUCAAUUUCGUAGAGGUGGCCAUGAAAAACAAUCCCAUUCCACGGGAUUUUGGUGACCAUAUCUUGGGAAUAGCAGCAAAGGUACGAAAGGUCACUGGUAUCCGUGACGGUCCAGAGCUGUUCACGAAACUCAGCUUUAUGGUAGCAUCGAGCAAGGCGGUAGAUUUGUUUGAUCAAUUCUAUGCAAGCUCAUGUACAGCAGCUCUUGAACAUUUCUGUAACAGGCAUUGGCCCUGUAGUUUUAGCGAACAGGGCAAGCAAUGCGUCAAUGUGAAGUCUUCUCACAGUACGAAAGGUCACCAAAGCGCAGAUGGCACAAUAAUAUCAGCAGGGCAGUACGUUUCAGAGUUCUCCUCACGCAACUUUAGCACCAAAUGGAAAACCAUGAUUAAAGGCCACCUGCAGCAAGUGGAACACCAGCUUGCAGAGGAGAAGUCCAACAAGUUUCAAGCAUCGUUUGGCGCCGACGAUAAGAUGGCCUACGAUCUACAUCGGAGAUGUAUGGAGUAUUUCUAUCGCUCAUUCGAGAAUUUAACGCAACACAUUUCAGCAGUUUGA